AUGAUUUUUCUGCUGUGGCUCUGCUGGGGAUUCUCUCUCACCUCUGGGCAGCAGGACUCAGAGCUCCUAGCUAGGUAUCUGGAAGAGACGUUGAUGGUGGAUUCUAACUUCCCCGACCAUGUGGCGCGCAGAGUCCCAAGACAAGGCCGAUUUCUGCAGAGGCUGGAGACCAGGCCAAGGAUGGCUGAGUUCACAGUGAAAUCCACAAUCAUUUCCCGCUACGCCUUCACCACCGUUUCCUGCAACAUGGUGAACAGCGGGUCUGAGGCCAAGGAAGGCACCUUUGAGAUGCAGAUCCCAGCUUCAGCCUUUAUCUCCAACUUCACCAUGAUCAUCGGAGACAGGAUUUACCACGGGGAAGUCACUGCAAAAGUAAAGAAAACCAGCAAUGAGGACAAAGAGAGGGACAAUAAACAUUCUAGUCCCACAGAUGGUGGGGAGAAUGGAAUGGAGACUUUCAAAGCCUCUGGCACUAUUCCACGCAAGACCCAUGCCAUCUUCACGCUGCAUUAUGAAGAGCUCUUGCAAAGGCGCCUGGGAAAGUAUGAGUAUACUGUCAGCAUCCGGCCCCAGCAGCUCGUGGGCAGGUUACGCGUGGAGGUGAACAUCCUAGAGAACUCGGGCAUCAGUUCUCUGGAGGUGCUGCCGCUCCAAAACAGCAAGCAGAGAGGCAUCAAGAAAGUCAUAGAUGACAUCUCCCCGCCUCCAUCUACCGUGAUCGGCCAGACGAAAACGUUAGCCAAAGUGACCUUCAGUCCCAGUGUUGUACAACAAACCCAGAUUGCCCGCAAUGGCAUUCUGGGGGAUUUUAUCAUUCGAUAUGAUGUCAACAGGGAGCUGAGUGUUGGGGAUGUGCAGAUCCUGAACGGAUACUUCGUGCAUUACUUCGCCCCCCAGGAUCUCCCGCCGCUGCCGAAGAACGUUGUGUUCGUGCUGGACAGCAGUGCCUCCAUGGUGGGAGCAAAGCUCAGACAGACCAAAGAUGCUCUCUUCACCAUUCUCAAGGACCUAAGGCCAGAGGACCACUUCAAUAUUAUUGGUUUUGCUAACCGAAUCAAGGUCUGGCAACAGGACCGUCUGGUGCCAGUGACUCCAAACAACAUAAGAGACGCCAAGAAGUACAUCCAUAACAUAUCACCUACUGGAGGUACUAAUAUUAACGAGGCUGUCCAGACGAGCGCCAAGCUGCUUAACAAUUACAUCGCUCAGAACGACAUUGACGCCAGGAGUGUCUCCCUGAUCAUCUUCCUGACAGACGGGCGGCCCACGGUCGGGGAGAUGCAGUCCUCCAAGAUCCUCAGCAACACCAAGGAGGCUAUCCGUGAGAAGUUCUGCCUUUUCACCAUUGGCAUUGGCAACGACGUCGACUACAAGCUUCUGGAGAGGAUGUCCCUGGAGAAUUGCGGCAUGAUGCGGCGGGUCCAGGAGGAGGAGGACGCAGCCGCACAACUAAAAGGGUUCUAUGACGAGAUAGGGACGCCCCUUCUCUCCGACAUCCGGGUUGAUUAUCCCAAAGACAGCGUGGAGCAGGUCACUCAGAACCUCUUCCCCAACUACUUCAAUGGGUCUGAAAUUGUCAUUGCUGGGAAGCUCAUCGAACGCAACUCGGGCAAGCUCCACGUGGAGGUGACGGCCAGCAACGCCAACAAGUACAUUCUCCUGAAAACCGACGUGGCCAUAGACGUCCCAAGCAAGAAUGACAUCAGGGGCUCUCCUGGCAUGGAGGAUGGCAAGGAGACUCAGAAUUAUGCUGAAAGGGCAUGGAGCUAUCUCACCAUCAAGGAGCUGCUGACUUCCUGGCUGAAGAGCGAUGACAGUGAGGAGAGGGAACACUUGAUGGAUAAAGCCAAGUCAUUGGCCCUGACCUACAACUUCAUCACCCCCUUCACCUCCCUGAAGAUGAAGGAGUUACAGGCAGACCUGCCUAAGGAGGGUCAUGCCAGUCCUUCUACUGAGGGCACUGGGGAAAGAGUGCAGAGUUUGCAAGGACACAAAGCACCACCAGGUGUACCCAAGCAACCAGACAAACAAAGAAUUAAAAUAUCCAGAACAUCAGCGGAUGGAGACCCUCACUUUGUCAUUGAUUUCCCCUCCAGCAAGCUAGCUGUCUGCUUCAAUAUUGACGGGCAACCAGGGGACAUUCUCAGACUGGUCUCCGAUCAUAAUGAGUCUGGCGUAACUGUGAACGGGCAGUUAAUUGGAGCCCCGGCUCCUCCCAACGGCCACAAGAAACAACGGACCUACUUCAGCACCAUCACAAUCCUCAGCAACAAGCCAAAGCGAUCCUACGUCGAGAUCACACCCACCAAGGUCAUCCUGGAUGAUGGGGAAAGAUUCAUUUUGCCAUGUGACCGGAGUGCCACGGUGGGGAGCAGCGGCCUUGAGGUGUCUAUCUUGGCCAAUUCCAAUGUCACCGUGGCAAUACAAGGCACCAUCAGCUUCGUCAUCCUGAUCCACCAGUACAAGAAUCCUGCCCCCUACCAGAGGAAUCACCUGGGAUUCUACAUUUCCAACAGUAAAGGGCUCUCCCCUCAAUCCCAUGGACUGCUAGGUCAGUUCUUGUACCAUGAAGUCAAACUUACCCAGGACCCUCUGGGUGGAAGUCCCCAGCUGGUCAGUCAGAACUCAACUGAAGAGCCGAACCCGAGACCAGUGAACAUGUUAAAGGUAAAAGGUAGGCUGGUUCCUGUCGUGUGGAAGCAGAGAAAGAUCUACAACGGCGAGCAGGAGGUCGAUUGCUGGUUUGCCAAGAACAAUGCAGACAAACUGAUUGAUGGAGACUAUAAGGAUUAUCUUGCUGCUCAUCCCUUCGACACAGGAACCAGCUUCGGGAUGGCUAACAGACUUUAA